AUGUCCCAAGUACAUCAACAAGAAGUCAACGGCGAGGAAUUUGACGAGGAGCGAACACAACUUCAGCCCCCUCCCAACCCUACAGGCGGCCGCAAACCCGCAAAACUCGCACGCAAGGCACCCCCGGCACAAGAUUAUCAGGAUGAUGUAGUCCCAGCUCCUCUUCCUGGUAGAAGGAUUGGUCCGAUUCGCGAUUCGCGGAUCAAGGACCGACCAGCGAAAGUGGGCGAGAAGGACAGCAGCUUGAAGAUCAAAAUUGAGCUGGAUCUGGAAGUCGAGGUAGAGAUCUAUGCACGAGUUAAGGGCGAUGUGACCAUUGGAUUGAUGUGA